UUUGGAGUGCUUAGACUUGGGCGGCACCAUGGGCAACACAUCGUCCAUGCUCACGCAGUACGACAUCGAAGAAGUACAGCAACACUGCAAUCACACAUUUUCGCAGCAGGAGAUAGUUUCUCUGUAUCAGAGAUUCUGUCAGCUCGAUCGCAGCGGCGGAGGUUUCAUCUCCGCCGACGAGUUCUUGUCCGUACCUGAAUUUGCAGUCAAUCCUCUCUCUCAGAGAUUGUUGAAGGUCUUGGAUGGAUUGAACUUUAAGGAAUUCGUAGCAUUCUUGUCAGCAUUCAGUUCUCGUGCAAGCUUGCAGCAAAAGAUUGAGUUUAUAUUCAAGGUGUAUGAUUCCGAUAACAACGGUAAAGUCACGUUCAAUGACAUGCUGGAUGUUUUACGGGAUUUGACAGGACAGUUCAUAUCUGAGCAACAGAGGGAGCAAGUAUUGACCCAUGUCCUCGAGGAAUCAGGCUAUACAAAGGAAUCUUCACUAACCAUAUCUGACUUUGUGAAGACUCUUGGAAACUCUUCUUUGAAGAUGGAGGUUGAGGUUCCUGUGGAUUAAAAUGGGACAAAUCUCAAAGCUAAGUUGCUCAUGUAUGUACCAUGCAUUUUGGGAGCUAUCACACAACCUAGAGCCAGUAGAAUUAAGUAGGAUUGAGUGGUAGUUCAGCUUGUAGAACAAUGUAAUUUAUGCACAGACCAGAAGGCAAAUAAUCUGGUUUCUAGUUCGGCUUGUAGAGUAAUGUGAUUUCUGCACAGCUUCUGUCAUUAUCUUGAAAAAAUGUUUCUUUGUUUGAAAGGUGUUUCAAAAUUACAUUCCAUCAACCUGAGGAUUUGCUUG